UAGGCACGCUGUAGCCUCAGAACGACAGUCUCGGACGGUGCUGUUAUUGUUCGGUUUAAAGAGUUUGGGGGGGGGUCGGCCGGUGCUUUGUUUCUACUUUUGGGGGGCUGUAAAACUACCACUAGCAGGCUAAUUCCACUCAAAUACCAUCACCUGCAUGCCUGAGUUUUAUUUUAAUAAAAUAGCACCUUUUUUUUUUUUUUUUUUUAAAUCCAGGUAGUGGUAGGUUAACAAGUUUAGGUCCCAAAGAAGCCCAUGGAUGCGCGGGUUGCGGAGUUAUUUGGCUCAGGAAAUGGACACGGCUCUGGAUCUCAAGGUGUUGCGUCCAGCGUCAACCAGGGACAUAAUGGCUUUGAGGUAGCCCCCAAAAAAGCUUGUGUGAAGAACAACAAGAAAGCCAAGGCUCGGUUCUCCCGACACUUCAAACCGAGCAAUAACGCCCCGUAUCUACCUCCAGAGGCUGAAGAGGGAAACAUAGAGUACAAGCUGAAGCUGGUGAACCCCACGCAAUACCGCUUUGAGCACCUGGCUACGCAAAUGAAAUGGCGACUGCAGGAGGGUCGAGGCGAAGCUGUCUACCAAAUAGGUGUUGAGGAUAAUGGCAUGCUGGCGGGACUUUCAGAUGAAGACAUGAGGAUAUCACUGAAGACGCUCCAUCAGCUGGCAGAGAAGGUUGGCGCCGACAUCACUAUUCUCAGAGAAAGAGAGGUGGACUAUGACUCAGAUGUGCCUCGAAAGAUUGCUGAGGUUCUCAUUCGCAAAGUGCCGGACGACCAGCAGUUCUUGGACCUGCGAGUAGCUGUACUGGGAAAUGUGGACACUGGCAAGUCCACUCUGUUGGGGGUUUUGACACAGGGUGAGCUGGACAAUGGACGGGGAAGAACAAGGCUCAACCUCUUCAGACAUCUACAUGAGAUCCAGACUGGACGCACUUCAAGCAUUAGCUUUGAGAUCCUUGGCUUCAAUAGUAAAGGAGAGGUUGUGAAUUACAGUGAGUCUCGGACAGCGGAGGAGAUCUGUGAGAGUGCCUCUAAAAUGAUCACCUUUAUUGAUCUGGCGGGUCACCACAAGUACCUUAAGACCACCAUCUUUGGCCUCACCAGCUACUGCCCGGAUUUCGCUAUGCUGGUCGUCAGCGCAAAUACCGGCAUUGCUGGAACGACACGGGAGCAUCUUGGACUUGCCAUGGCCCUGAAGGUGCCCAUCUUCGUGGUCAUCAGUAAGGUGGACCUCUGUGCGCGUGCCACAGUGGAGCGCACUGUGCGACAGUUGGAGCGUGUCCUCAAGCAGCCGGGCUGCAACAAGGUGCCCAUGGUCGUUAGCACCACAGAUGAUGCCGUCACAGCAGCACAGCAGUUCGCCCAGUCACCCAACAUCACACCCAUCUUCACCUUGUCCAGUGUGUCUGGUGAGAGUCUAGACCUGCUCAAAGUCUUCUUCAACAUCAUCCCUCCUCUCAGCAACAGCAAGGAGCAGGAGGAGCUUAUGCAACAGCUAACUGAGUUUCAGGUGGAUGAGAUCUACACUGUGCCAGAGGUGGGGACUGUGGUGGGGGGCACUCUGUACAGUGGUAUUUGCCGUGAGGGGGAUGAUCUUGUAGUAGGGCCCACAGACUCGGGCCAUUUCCACAAGUUGACCAUCGGGAGCAUCCAAAGAAACCGCUCGGGAUGCAGGGUACUGAGGGCCGGCCAGGCUGCCACACUCGCACUAGGGAACUUUGACCGCUCACUACUACGCAAGGGCAUGGUGUUGGUGAGUCCGGAGAUGGAUCCUACCAUCUGCUGGAUGUUUGAGGCUGAGAUUGUUCUGCUCUUCCACGCCAAGACCUUCCACAAGGGCUUCCAGGUUACUGUGCACAUUGGCAAUGUGAGACAGACCGCCACUGUGGAAGCUGUAUACGGCAAGGAGGAGCUGAGGACAGGGGAGAAAGCAGUUGUUCUCUUCAAGUUCAUCAAGCACCCAGAAUACCUCAAGGUGGGAGCUAAGGUGCUCUUCAGAGAGGGCGUGACUAAAGGUAUCGGACACGUCACCAAGUUGCAGCCCAUCGCCCAGUACCAGCCAUCCCAAAGCGAGGAUGAUGAAGCCUAAAGUUUCUGAGAAAACAACAGAAAACACCGUCCUAACCCAAAACCAGGUGCUUUAUAAACCUCCUGCUUCCUCCAAAGGCCACUCUGUCCUGUUCCCUGCACAGUAAACCCCUGUCACAGAAGAUUGUUGUUUUAUCACCCUUGUCCCCGUCAGCCUCAUCGGUCCCUGCAGCCUUUUUAAAUAACUGCAGAUUUUUUUGUUCUGCUUUCUGAUAUUACAUUACAUUACAUUACAUUACAUUGAUAUUGAGGUCUAAAGAGAGUUGCUUUUUACGGCCCUGAUGAGAGGAAAUCCCCUCUAUAACACAUUCACCUAGAAACAUCUACCAAAGUGAUAUUGAGUGUCAAGAACACAUACGUGCAAGUGGCAACUAGGAAAUUGCUUUCAUGCGGCCACUUUGAAGUGCUGCUUACAGUUCACACCUUAACGCACUCCUAACACACACUUUGAAAGAGAUGCCCACACACACUUGCACUGAAAUAUAAGAUGCCAGUGUUGAUAUACCUUCGGAAUAUUAUCGUUUACAAUCAGAUGCUAGCGUUUCCGAUGCGUGGACAUUAAGGUGUAUAUCACCAUUGUCAUCGUUGUCAUCGCAGCCUGUCUGUGUGACCACUGACCAGCAAAGUGCCUGACUGAUAAGGAUAAGCCUCGCUGUAUUUUAAUACGCUACCCUUUUUCUUAGUGGCCGCAUAUUACUUAUGUGAGAUAAUAAUAAAUUGUGGUUCUCAGACACAGCUCGUCAGUUUAACAUAAGCUAAACCACCUUACGAUCGUAAAGGAGGAUAUUGCGGUGUAUGCAAAGUUAAAACUUGACCCAGUUUGUAUGUCAGCCUGCCAAGGUGACUCAGAUUGGCAAUCACGUUGUAAGUGGUGUUUGUUAUGUCACAAAUGUCUGUGAGAAUUAUGUUUUUUUUUUUAUUCACAAAUAAUGCCUCACGAUAGUGCAGUGAGAAGGUAACCAUCUUGCUGCCUGUCUUUUCAAGUGCUUUAGUUACUCAGGUCAGUUUAUAUAUCUUGAUAGACAGCAUUCCUCUCCCAGAGAACUACUCCAGUGGAGGUUUAUGAUGCUGACUAAGGGGUGAUGGUGGUUUGAGGUAAAAUAAAAAUAAAAAAGCCAAUGGUGUUUCUCCCAAAGAGAUGUUUGAUUACAGAUUAUAUAGUAUGUGAAGCUGCUCACUGGUUCAGCUUUGUUUUAAAGAAAUAAUGUUUGAGGAAGCUGAUGUCGUCUCUCCACUUUAGUUACUGAUGUCACAAAAUUUGAGGGGGUUUUAACUCUACCCUUUUGAGUAGCCUACCAUUACACCCCAAAGUUUUACAACUUAGUAAAGAAAUUUAAUUAAGUUGCUGGGUGCUAUUCCUUGAAACAGCUUUUGAUAUUUAGAAGACGACUUUGAAAUGGAUGUUAAUUGCUACUCUGUGUUCAUGUCUUAUUAUAGCAUGUUUAUAUGACUUAUACAUAAUUUGUUGUCCCACUGAUAUCAAUAAGAGGACGACUGAAAUGUGUGCGCUGUUUUGUUGCACCCGGGUUGUUGUUGUUAUGCACAUUUUUUGUGCGCUCAGAGGAAAGCGAAAAAUGCAUUUCAACCAAAAUUUGUAUAGCCUUUAUGAAGAGUUUCAAGUGUUAGUUUGUUUUUUUGCAUCUGAGUAUUUUAUAGAUUUUUAGUAGUUCCAGAUUUAAAAAUUUAUUCAAACAUGUUUUUCACUGUUCACGUUCUUCUUAAUCACACCAACACGCUUUCACAUUUUUGAAAUCCCGUGUAAGACUUUUGCCUUUAAAAAGUGUAAUAUUUUGAUUGAUUAUUUGGGUGAAAUGCAAUCUUUAUGUACAGAUCUAAUUUGUGUAUCAUGUUGUACAUGAAUUAAAGUUUUAUUGUCUCUU